CGAUCCCAUUGAUUCAACUUCCCCAUAAACGCAUUGAGAGUUAGGGCUAGCUUGCACUAGUACAUUAUCCAAGCUCUAUCUAUCUAAGUAGGGUAUGUGGGUAUUGAAGCGCGCGAAGUGGGGGCGGGACCCGCGGGUAACGUCACUGUAGAAAGUGCCCAGGUGCUUAUUAGGGGGGCAAGGGUCUAUCUUAGCUUAGCCGUUCGCUACCAUCUAGGGCAAAGGGAGGGGAGGUAAGAAGGAGGAGGUCGCAAAGCUCAGUUAGCUCCUUCGCGGGGCGGGGAGUAAUACCAUCUAAAAUCCCCUAUUCAGAAGGCAGGUCCCUACCUCUUAUACCCAUCCUAAGCAUAAGCAUCGCCGACAAACCUCAAACCCGGACAUUCCGAACUAAACCUAGAGCCAGAAAAAGGACAUCAUGGCCGACGCCUCCGCCCUCCUAAAGCUAGCCUCAACCGACGUCAACGACGAAAUCACACCCGAACAAUACGCUCCGGUGCUAACCUCCCCACCCUUCAUCUUCGUCGACGGGACCUUCAACACCCGCGAUCUAGGUCUCCUCCCCAACACCCCCCUGCGCGCGGGUUUCGCCUACCGCUCCGGCGCACUCGCCCGCGUAACCGACAACGGACGCGCCGUCCUCGAGGGCAAGUUAGGCAUACGGCGAAUCUUCGAUCUACGAUCCCCUGAAGAGCGGGCCGCGGCGCCGGAUCCCAGAUUCGAGGGGGUUGAAAAUACGUGGAUACAGAGUACGCGGCCGGACUCGACGCCGGAUUUGAAUCAUUUCGUUGCGGGUGAGGGUGAGGAUGGGUAUCGUGAGAUGUACCUCGAGGUCGUGGAUGUGUAUCGGGAGAGCUGGAGGGCGAUUUUGGAACAUGUGAGGGAUCGCCCGCAGGAUCCAUUUUUGGUGCAUUGUACUGCUGGUCGUGAUAGGACAGGUGUAUUCUCGGGUCUAUUACUUACCCUUGCCGGCGCAUCGCAGGAGACAAUAGCCCUAGACUACAUGCUAUCACGCAUAGGGACUGAACCCGUUCGACUCAUGCUAUUACAAUUCGCAAUGGCUGGUACAAAGGCGUCGAGUCAAGACCAGCCGGGAUUUUACAAUCUGAUCAAUUUGCGGACUUCAAGUUGGAAUGCGUUUGUUGACGGCGUUAAUAAAGAAUAUGGUGGUUUCGAGCAAUUUGUUUCGGAACAGCUUGGUUUUUCGAAGGAAGAUCUAGCUAAAAUCAGAGCAAAUCUGACAAACCCUUGAGCAUUUACGAUUAAGAUUUAGAUUAUCAUAAUGAAAUCCGAAUAUACCCAGGUCUGAUUAGAGUUACAAUGUCAAUGUCGAUACACUUAAGCAUGUUGAUAAGCGAGAACCCUUGCUCCUUUAUAGUGUGCUG